GGCUCGGUCUCUCUCGCCGCUCCUCUCCCGCCUUCCCGUUGCCAAGCUGGCGAGCCAAGGCGGCAACCCGCUGGUCCCCUCCUCCGCCGCCUCGCACCCCUUCUGGCGGACGGUGGCGGCGAAGAGGAUGCCGUCCUCGGAGCUCGCCCUGGGCAGCAACACCGGCGGCGCCCCGGACUUGCCCACCAGCCCCCUGGCCAUGGAAUACGUCAACGACUUCGACCUCAUGAAGUUCGAGGUGAAGAAGGAGCCGCUGGAGAGCGAGCGCCUCAUCAGCCAGUGCGGGCGCCUCAUCGCCGGCGGCUCGCUCUCCUCCACGCCGAUGAGCACGCCCUGCAGCUCCGUGCCGCCCUCGCCCAGCUUCUCCGCGCCCAGCCCGGGCUCCUCGGGGGGCGGCGGCGGCGGCGGAGGAGGAGGAGGGCAAGGCGGGGGCGGCGCGGGCCACGGCGGCGCGGGAGGCAACGACCAGAAGGGCCCCUUGGAAGACUACUACUGGAUGAGCGGCUACCCGACGCAGCUCAACCCCGAGGCGCUGGCGUUCAGCCCCGAGGACGCGGUGGAGGCCCUCAUCAGCAGCAGCCACCACCAGCUCCAAAGCGUCGCCCGCAACGCCGGCUUCGAUGGCUACAACCGAGGGCAGCCGCUGGGAAGCAACGCGGACGAGAUGGGCUCCGCGGCGGCGGUGGUGUCCGCCGUGAUCGCAGCGGCGGCGGCUCAGCAGCAGAACGGAGCCCAGCACUACCACCACCACCACCCGCACCACCACAGCAGCCACCACUCUUCCAGCGCCGCGGCCGGCAACGGCCUCCCCCCCGCGCACCCGCACGCCGGCAACGCGAGCCUCCCUCCCGCGCCGGUGUCGUCGUCCUCCCACUCCUCGUCGCCCUUCGACGACCGCUUCUCCGACGACCAGCUCGUCACCAUGUCGGUGCGGGAGCUCAACCGGCAGCUGCGCGGCGUCAGCAAGGAGGAGGUGAUCCGGCUCAAGCAGAAGCGCCGCACGCUCAAGAACCGCGGCUACGCCCAGUCGUGCCGCUUCAAGCGGGUCCAGCAGCGGCACGUGCUCGAGUCCGAGAAGACCCAGCUCCUCUCGCAGGUCGAGCACCUCAAGCAGGAGAUCUCCAGGCUGGUCCGGGAGAGGGACGCCUACAAGGAGAAGUACGAGAAGCUGGUCAGCAGCGGCUUCCGAGAAAACGGCUCCAGCCACGACAACAGCGGGAGCGGAGCCAGCCCCUCCUCGCCAGAGUUUUUCAUUGAAAAAGGUCCUUUGGCUAAAAGUUGCCAACUGCAUUUUGCCUGGUUGAAGUAAGUGUCCUGCAAAGAACCUGAAUGUAUGGGGUUGAUUGUACAGGAGAAGGGCUUUCAAGGUCAUUGCCAAUAUCUUGUACAGUAGAGUCUCACUUAUCCAACGUUCUGGAUUAUCCAACGCAUUUUUGUAGUCAAUGUUUUCAAUGCAUCGUGAUAUUCCGGUGCUAAAUUCGUAAAUACAGCAAUUACUACAUAGCAUUAAUGUGUAAUGAACUACUUUUUCUGUCAAAUUUGUUGUAUAACAUGAUGUUUUGGUGCUUAAUUUGUAAAAUCAUAACCUACAGUAGAGUCUCACUUAUCCAACAUAAACGAGCCGGCAGAACGUUGGAUAAGCGAAUAUGUUGGAUAAUAAGGAGGGAUUAAGGAAAAGCCUAUUACACAUCAAAUUAGGUUAUGAUUUUACAAAUUACGCACCAAAACAUCAUGUUAUACAACACAUUUGGCAGAAAAAGUAGUUCAAUACGCAGUAAUGUUAUGUAGUAAUUACUGUAUUUACAAAUUUAUCAUCAAAAUAUCAUGAUAUAUUGAAAACAUUGACUACAAAAAUGGCUUGGAUAAUCCAGAAGCUUGGAUAAGUGAGUGUUGGAUAAGUGAGACUCUACUGUAAUAAAAAAAGAGUAAAAUAAAUGUAAUAGUAGCAACAAUAAAAGAGAAAAAUAAUAAAUGUAAUAAUACCAAUUAUAAUAGAGAAAAAUAAUAAAUGUACCAUAUAUUCUCGAAUAUAAGCUGAUUCAAAUAUAAGCCAACCAGGGCCCUCACUCGAGUAUAAGCCGAGGGGGGCUUUUUCAGUCUUAAAAAAAAGGCUGAAAAACUAGGCUUAUACAUGAGUAUAUACAGUAAUAUUCAUGUCAAACUAGAUUGAAACACUGGGUUGCUGUGAAUUUUCCGGGCUGUAUGGCCAUGUUCCAGAUUGAAACAGUUUUCCUUAAGAAAAACCAAUGCUAUUAGAAAGUAGACACUGAUGAUGGGGGAAUAUAAUGUAUUAAAUGAGUACCUUUUUCUACCAAUGUUGCCAAAUUAAAAAAAGAGAGAGAGAGAGAGAAGAAACAGGAAUGAUAUCAGCCAAUUAAUAAAUCUGCAUUGCCUUUCUUGGCUAGGAAUUAAUGCAGCCUUCCCUGGUUCUGUGUCUUGUCUGUUCAUACCGAAUCGUCAAGUAAAUUUUAAUUGAGUAUUUGAGCUCCGCAGCCUGCCGCGGUGUGCGCUUGCAACUCCAGAUCAUUAUUGAUGCGAUUGGGCGGGCUGCGGUAUCUGAACAGGGAUAUCCUCUUCGUAGUUGAAAGAUAAUAAAAGGAUGCUGACUGCAACACUUCUUUGGAGCCUCUUCGAGGAGGCAGGGAGGGCGCACUGAAUACCUUUGCCUUCCAAAGAAAUGCAUCCAUAAUAGAAUGGAUUUGCCAGUUGGCAUGUAAGCAAAGGUCACCUGAAAGAAAAUGACACUUCAGGCCUGAAGGAGCCAUUUGCUUUAAGAGAUCCCGGGAGCUACGCCAGAUCUCACAUUUUGUUUGACAGUAUCCCCAAACUUUUAUUUUUGUUCAAAAAUAACACAGUGUAAUAUGAUUUCCGUAUAAUCUUGAAAUACGUUUAAAUCUGCUAUGCUAGUCGUACAUUUGGGUGUUUGAAAAGAUCUGCAAAUAGAGGCAUGUUAUAUGCCUCUAUAUCAAUGAUGGGCAACCUUUUGCACUUGGUGUGUCAAAAUUCACCAAAAACCUAGCAUGACUUGGGUAGUGUGUCACUUCGAGAAAAAACCCCAUAAUUUCACAAUAUGUAUAGUUUAAAUAACAAAAAUGUAUAAUUGUAAUAUAUAACUAUUUAAUAAAUCAAAAACUAUUUAUUACCACUACAGUAUUAUUAUUAUUAUUUAUUUAUUUACAGUAUUUAUAUUCCGCCCUUCUCACCCCGAAGGGGACUCAGGGCGGAUCACAUUGUACACAUAUAAGGCAAACAUUCAAUGCCUUUUAACAUAGAACAAAGACAAGACACACAUGGCUCCGAGCGGGCCUCGAACUCAUGACCUCCUGGUCAGAGUGAUUCAUUGCAGUGAUUCAUUGCAGCUGCUUUCCAGCCUGCUCCACAGCCCGAGCCAGUAGAGUCUCACUUAUCCAACACUCGCUUAUCCAACAUUCUGGAUUAUCCAACGCAUUUUUGUAGCCAAUGUUUUCAAUACAUCAUGAUAUUUUGGUGCUAAAUUCGUAAAUACAGUAAUUACUACAUAGCAUUACUGCGUAUUGAACUACUUUUUCGGUCAAAUUUGUUGUAUAACAGGAUGUUUUGCUGCUUAAUUUGUAAAACCAUAACCUAAUUUGAUGUGUAAUAGGCUUUUCCUUAAUCCCUCCUUAUUAUCCAACAUAUUCACUUAUCCAACGUUCUUGGAUAAGUGGGACUCUACUGUAUAACUAUUUAAUAAAUCAAAAACUAUUUAUUACCACUAUUUCCAUGUACAACAAUCUAUGCUACCUCUUGCAGUUUCCACGCUGAUUUCUCUCUAUUCUAGUUUCAAUGUAGUCAUGAAAAAUGAAUAAUAUACAGUAGAGUCUCACUUAUCCAACAUAAACGGGCCGGCAGAACGCUGGAUAAGCGAAUAUGUUGGAUAAUAAGGUAUU